AUGCCUGAUAGUCCACGAACCACAGAUUCGAUCACUGGCGAAUGCACAAUUCCGAAAGAAUUGUACAAUUUUUUCACGACGCUGGUGUGUGGUGUAGAUCGUCGACCCAGACAGAAUGUUGACAAAUUGAGAAGAGUAAAAUCUCUUUGUCGAGAAACAAUUUAUGCCGUUGGAAAUGGCGUACUAAGAACAUCUAAACACAUAACCCUGGGCAUGGCAAUGAAAAGUUCGACUAGCAGCAGGAAAGUGAUCGACAUUUCAAACAGGUAUGGUAAUUUUUGUAGUUACAACAUAAUGGAAGAGCUUGAAACUGAAGCGACUUUUGCUGCUUCCAAUAGUUCAACUAUUUGCCCGAAAGGAAUCGCACAGUCUACAGAUUUAUGCAUAGGAGUUGCUUUCGACAAUUUUGACGGAUUUGUUGAAACUAGCAGCGGUAAAGAUACUCUUCACGACACCGUUGGAAUUAUAUUUCAAAAUGUGAGCGACACUUGCAAUGACGAUACACAGGAAUCCGCCAACGACAAUGCUGAAGGAUCUACAGACAAAUCAUCCACUAAAAGGCGGAGAUCAUUUGAAGCUUUCCACCCAGAGUUGAUUCCAUAUUCCAGAAGACUGAAAAUGUUUGCUACUCUACUUCCAAUCGACAAUCCAAUGCGACAAUCACUUCCGGACAAUUUGUCAACUAUAAGCAAAAAAGGACUGCUGUGUAUGUUAUCACAUGCUAUUGAAGUUCCGAAUGCACCCCUGUGGGUAGGAUUCAAUAGUAAAAUGAUACCAGAUGACGGCCCUAAGCAAAAAGUUACGUACCUGACCCCGAUAAAUAUAUCGCCAACUGAAAAUUCUGUUGUCAUCGGAACAAUGAUUCAGGCUCAAAAUGCUGCUAGUGAGUGCAAACAACGCUACAUUCAAAUCAUUUAUGAUUUGGCUAUCGCAAAGGUUGCUUUGGAGAUACAAUCUACCGAGCACCCGAGAUUUGAAAAUGUUUUUAUUCACCUUGGCAGUUUUCACAUAAUGAUGGCUUAUUUUUAUUUCAAAGCAGUUGGGAAAGUCAUUGAUGACUGUGGUUUGUCAUACAUGAUGAUAGAAAGCAAACUAUUGGCCAAUAAUUCGGUGAAUGGUUUCAUCAGCACUGGAAAUCUUGCAUCUCAAAGCUUUUCUUGA